ACCCGCCAAGAAAAACCCGACCAAUUGAUUGAUUCGAAUCUAAUUCUCGUAAAUUACAGUACAUCAUAAAAUUAAAAAUUUCUUGCCGGACAAGUUCUGAUUGGAUCUUACAUAAGAGGAAGCCUAAAAACCCACUUAAACCUGUAAUUCUCUCAUGAGCAAGCCGAAGACUCUGUUGCAGCAGAGCAUGGUGUCUCCGCUUCUGAAGCUAGGAACCCUAGCUCUUCGAACUAUCUGCAAACCCAUCGCUAAUCGCCUCAAAAAGGAAGCUGGAGUCAACCCUAGAUUCCGUCAAUUCAUCAUCAACAUUGCACAGGCGAAUCACAGAUUUACGACGAAGUUACAGAGACGCGCUUCUGGUCGUGUAACCGAUGCAGUUAUUCGCCCUUUAAACGAAGAGAGAGCUGUUCAAGCCGCUGCAGAUCUUCUCGGGGAACUCUUCGCCUUCACGGUUGCAGGUGCUGCUCUUGUCUAUGAGGUGCAGAAAAAUUCCAGAGGAGAAGCUAGAAAAGAAGAGAAGCGACAAGAAGAACUACGAGAAAUCAGACGCAAACAUGAGAAGAUGGAGAAUGAAAUCGAAGAGCUGAAACGAAGAUACCAAGAGAUUUCGCUGAAGAUUGCUGAAGAGCUAGAAGAGAUGAAACAAAGACACCAUGAGUGCUCUCUGACGACUGCUGAAGAGCUUUCUAAACCAAGAGGACUCGCUUGGCUCUUCAACUUCAUGUAUUAUCCGAGUGCUCCUGAAAAAGUACAGCAGGAAGGCUAAAAAUGAACAAAAGCCCCAAAGAUGAUCCGUUACUUUGCAAGCUGUAAUAGCUUUUGCUUGUAAAUAGUUUCAGAUAUAACCAGAUAGGUUAACGUCUGCAGAAGAGAAGAGAAGAGAUAUGUGUUCCUUCAGAGUUCAGGCUUCGAACAUCUGUCUCAUAAACCAAAACUCCAAAUUCUUAUUACAGUGAAAGGAAAACUCUAGAGGUUGUUCUUGAUUUUUGACUCUGUCAAUAGCCUCAUUUCAAGCUUUCUCAUUUCAGCCUGUAAGAAGACUCAAUACCAAGAUUGGUGUGUAAGAAUCAAAAAACAACA